AUGCAUGGGGGCAAGAGAGGACUGGUAGCUCCGCAAAACACUUUUUUGGAAAAUAUUGUUCGGCGCUCCAGCGAAACCAGUUUCCUGUUGGGCAAUGCACAGAUAGUGGAGUGGCCGGUUGUAUACAGCAAUGAUGGAUUCUGCAAGCUGUCUGGCUACCACAGAGCUGAGGUCAUGCACAGGAGUAGCACGUGCAAUUUCAUGUAUGGUGACCUGACUGACAAGAAGACAAUAGACAAUAUCAGACAAACCUUUGACAACUAUGAGUCCAAUUUCUAUGAGGUGCUGCUCUAUGCAAAGAAUAGAACACCGAUAUGGCUUUACAUGCAGGUCGCACCGAUCAGGAACGAAAAUGACAAGGUGGUGCUUUUCCUCUGUACCUUCAGAGACAUUACACUUUUCAAACAACCGAUUGAAGAUGAAACAGCUCGAGGAUGGACAAAAUUUGCCAAACUAACGCGGGCACUGACCAACAAUCGCAACGUGGUGCCGCAGUUAGCACCACUGAGCAAGACUGAGGUCACCCAUAAACCCUCCAGACUGGCUGAGGCUCUCCAGCUGGGAUCAGACAUCCUCCCUCAGUACAAGCAAGAAGCCCCUAAGACCCCUCCACACAUCAUCCUCCACUACUGCACUUUCAAGACCACCUGGGACUGGGUCAUCCUCAUCCUCACCUUCUACACUGCUAUCAUGGUGCCCUAUAAUGUCUCAUUUAAGACCAAGCAAAACAACUUGGCGUGGUUGGUGCUGGACAGCAUUGUGGAUGUCGUCUUUCUGAUUGACAUUGUGCUCAACUUCCACACUACCUUCGUGGGUCCCGCAGGAGAGGUCAUUUCAGACGCAAAGCUGAUACGAAUGAAUUACAUGAAAACGUGGUUUGUCAUUGAUCUGCUGUCCUGUCUGCCCUACGACAUAAUUAAUGCCUUUGAAAAUGUGGAUGAGGAUGUCAUCGUAUCUGCCUCUCCAGUGAGUCAUCUCCGGGAUGUCUCCCAUUUCCAUAGGAACAGCACAAGGAUGGAGGACUCUGUACUCCCAGGUCUCAGCAGCCUCUUCAGCUCUUUAAAAGUCAUCCGCCUGCUCCGUUUAGGACGAGUGGCCCGGAAGUUGGACCACUAUCUGGAGUAUGGAGCAGCCGUCCUGGUUCUGCUAGUAUGUGUCUUUGGCCUGGUGGCCCAUUGGCUGGCCUGCAUCUGGUACAGCAUCGGGGACUACGAGGUCAUCGACGAGACCACGAACACCAUCAAGACAGACAGUUGGCUCUAUCAGCUGGCCAUGAGUAUCGGUACUCCCUACCGUUACAACACCAGUGGUACCGGCCAGUGGGAGGGCGGCCCCAACAAGGACACACUGUACAUUUCCUCUCUUUACUUCACCAUGACGAGUCUCACCACCAUCGGAUUUGGCAACAUUGCUCCAACCACAGACGGUGAAAAGAUUUUCUCCGUUGCUAUGAUGAUGGUGGGCUCACUGCUCUAUGCGACCAUCUUUGGAAAUGUCACCACCAUCUUCCAGCAGAUGUACACCAACACAAACCGCUACCAUGAGAUGCUCAACAAUGUGCGUGACUUCCUCAAACUUUAUCAGGUCCCCAAAGGUCUUAGUGAGAGGGUCAUGGACUUCAUCGUCUCCACCUGGGCCAUGUCUAAGGGCAUCGACACAGAUAAGGUUCUCUCAAUUUGUCCUAAAGACAUGCGAGCAGACAUUUGCGUCCACCUGAACAGACAGGUGUUCAACGACCACCCAGCGUUUCGUCUGGCCAGUGACGGCUGCUUGCGCUCUCUAGCUGUGGAGUUUCAGACCACACACUGUGCACCUGGAGACUUAAUCUUCCAUAUCGGUGAAAGUGUUGACACCCUCUGCUUUGUAGUCUCUGGUUCACUUGAAGUAAUCCAGGAUGAUGAGGUCAUUGCAAUACUAGGUAAAGGUGAUGUGUUUGGAGACGUGUUCUGGAAAGAGACCACGCAGGCCCGUGCUUGUGCAAACGUCCGAGCUCUGACUUACUGCGAUCUGCACGUCAUCAGGAGAGAGGCUCUAAUGAGGGUGCUGGACUUUUACACAGCAUUUGCCAACUCAUUUUCUCGCAACCUCAUCCUCACCUGCAAUCUACGAAAAAGGAUAGUCUUCAGAAAGAUUGCUGACAUCAAGAAGGAGCAGGAGCACCAGAGGAACGAGGUGACUCUCUCCAUUCCUGAUGACCACCCAGUUCGCAAGCUGUUCCAAAGGUUCAGGCAGCAGAGAGACGGUCCAACACCAGAAGAGUCUCAGGUUUAUUUUGAUCAAAACUUUGUGCAGGUGGAGCCGCAGCACCACAAACACACAGACUCAAAGUCUUACACACAGUGUCAGCCUGUAUCUCCUCAGCAGCAGGAAUACAUCUCCACAGUGCAGAAUAGUGCACCGUGCUCAGGAGGAGGAGGUGCAGCCAGUAAAGGUAGCAUAGCCGCUCCUCCACAGGGUUUACAAGCUUUGGUCCACACUAAGAAGUCGGAGCAAGAGGUUGGGGAGUCUAGAUCAAGGCCUUGUGGAGAGAAUCAGUUGUGUCUGACAGUCAACAGCACUGUACAGAGAAGUGGUGCAGGUGGAGAGGGAGCUGGAGGUGGUGCUACCAGUCGAGGAGGUGCUCGAGGUUGGGGAAAGUUUAAAAAAGCCACUUGUGCUGCACCACCACCUCCUGUUGUUGAGCAUGAGAAGCAGCCACAGAAGCCAGAGGACUGGCCUAAAGGAUCCCAGUCCUCAGAACAGUUAGUAGCUGUCAACAAGAACCAGGACUCAGAAGAGAGUGGAGAGGUGGGGAGCUCAGAAGGCAGCAAGAGUGCAGGAGAAGCAAGUGAAGAAACAAGCCUGCACAAAACAGACUCCUGCGACAGUGGAAUUACAAAGAGUGAUCUGCGUAUCGACCGAGCCGGAGAUUCAAGAAGCUCCUUUGAGCGAAGUCCGAUGGAAAAAAGCCCUAUGGAGAGAAAUCCAUUCGAGCACAGUCUUGGGGUUGACAGCCUCAAACACACCCUUGUGCAGCCGGUGUCGGAGCAAGCUCUCCUUCAAGCAACGCUGCAUGAAGCCAAACUAGAGCUGAAGGCGGACAUUCAGAUGAUGAGCGGUCGACUGUCGGUCCUUGAAUCUCAUGUGAGUGAGAUCCUCAGGUUGCUGUCAUUAAAAAGAAGACUCUCACUGCCGCCAACUUCGUCCCCAAAGGCAAGAGUCAAAAGUCACGACUCAGUCACUGCCUCAGCCGCCUCACCAAAACCAGAUGAUGGUCCAUUUUGA